UAGUUAUUAUUCAAUUAAAUUCUUUUAAUAAAAUUUUAUCAAAAGUUUAAUAUGCUGUGUUUAAAAUGAUUUAAUGCGUAGAAAGUCUAAAUUCAAUUUAAAAUUAACCAGCAUUUGUGACCAAUUUCAAGCAACUGUUUGAGUUUACUGAAAACUUCAUAUAAGGGCAACAAAGUUUUAGUUUUCUCGUUAUUGUUGUAAGAUAUCAUGUUAAGAAGAACACGCGUCCGGUAUUUAUUAUAGCUUACUUGAAUAUGAAUUAUAUUCAAUUGUAUGCACUGCCAAGUUUGCAGGCCUAAUAAUAUUUAUCAAGUGUUCAUUGCAUCAUGGCUCUGCGCCGAGGAAGGAAAAACUUAAAGUUGCAGGUUUCCGAAGAGGUACCUGUGCCUGUCACUCCACCAAGAAAUUUAGAUAAAAGAACUACAAUAACCAUAGGAGACAAAACAUUUGUAGUAGAAGCGGAUGAUUUAGAAACUAUUUGCAUUCUUGGAAGGGGUGCAUAUGGUGUUGUAGAUAAAAUGAGACACAAGCAAAGUGGUACUAUUAUGGCAGUUAAGAGAAUAACUGCAACAGUCAAUACACAAGAACAAAAGCGAUUACUUAUGGAUUUAGAUAUUUCUAUGCGGAGUUCAGCAUGUGAGUAUACAGUACAAUUUUAUGGAGCAUUAUUUAGAGAAGGAGAUGUUUGGAUAUGUAUGGAGGUAAUGGAUAUGAGUCUGGAUAAAUUUUAUACAAAAGUGUAUAAACACGGGCGUGCCAUUCCUGAAGAUAUUUUAGGAAAAAUUGCUUUUGCAGUAGUAAGCGCAUUACAUUAUCUGUAUUCACAGUUACGAGUGAUCCAUAGAGACGUAAAACCUAGCAAUAUUUUAAUUAAUCGUAAAGGGGAAGUAAAAAUUUGCGAUUUUGGUAUAUCCGGUUAUCUCGUAGAUUCUGUUGCUAAAACAAUCGAUGCCGGUUGUAAACCGUACAUGGCUCCAGAAAGGAUAGACCCGUCGGGUAACCCUUCACAGUACGACAUCAGAUCCGAUGUUUGGUCAUUAGGUAUAUCUCUCGUUGAAUUAGCAACGGGAAAGUUUCCUUACGAGUCUUGGGGGACACCCUUCGAACAAUUGAAACAGGUUGUAAAGGACGAAGCACCAAAGUUACCCGCUGGUAAAUUUUCUGCUAACUUUGAAGAAUUUAUUAAUAAAUGUCUAAUGAAAGAUUAUACUGCCCGUCCAAAUUACAAUCAAUUAUUGACGCUUAAUUUUAUCACGGAGCAUGCUAAAAGGGAUACAAAUGUUGCUGAAUUUGUCGGAGAGAUUUUAGAUCUACCGGAUGUUGAACAGCCAGCGUAGUAUAUAAAACGCUUGUUGACAUGGUGUGUUACAUGACCCUUAAUGUAACUUCGUAUUAUGCAUCGAAGUUAUUUAAUCAUUUCUUUAUAUCCACCGUCGAUUAUAUUCUUCAUUCAUAAGCGCGACAUAAGCGGUUGAAAUUUAGCGUCAAACAACAAUACGUUCAACUUCUUUUUUAAACACGUUCACACAUUUUUCUUUAUUCAACAUAAAUUGUACAAUUUUCAUUUAUAAUCCUCCUGGAUUGAUACUCUUCUCGCAAAGAGUAGAACUAUGUAAAUAAUAUACAAAUAUUUUCUAUACAAUAUAACACAAUGGUUUGUCAUUGUAGCAAUAUAACAAAAUAAAGUCUAAGUUAUGAGAAA